UGCAUCAUGAGGGAGGAGUUAGCAGAGCAGUGAAGUUUAGCCUAGCAGGAAACACCGAGGCUCCCGCCGCAGCGGAGGAGAAACAAGGGGCAGUUUUUAGUUUAUUACCGGUGCACAGACGUGAUUUUUCCUCGGUAAACACACCGCUGCCUGGAUCGUGAGGAGUAAACGCUUUCGGUCUGGUCACAUUUUUCUCUGACUUUGAAUGAGGAGAGAGCUUCUAGGCAACUAAAAAAAAACACCGGACAGUGGCUGGAGGUGGAAUCUUUAUCCAGCGUCUGUAAGCGGCGGACAUCGGCUGAGCAACGGCCGUUUGGAAUCAGUGAGCCUCAGUGGGCCCACAGGCUCCACACUGGUGCUGAGACAGGAUGAAGAGGUUCAGGCGACACGGCCAGGAGUCCCAGAGAGAUCGACUCAAACAGGAACUGUUCCAGUUCAACAAGACGGUGGAGCAUGGAUUCCCCCACCAGCCCAGCGCUCUGAGCUACAGUCCCUCCCUGCAGCUGCUGGCCAUCGGCACCCGCUCCGGUGCAAUCAAACUAUAUGGUGCUCCAGGUGUGGAGUUCAUGGGUCUGCAUGAUGAGAAUGCUGCUGUCACACAGGUGCACUUCCUGCCCCACCAGGUUGAAUUGGUGACUCUGCUGGACGACAACAGUCUGCACAUGUGGACUUUAAGAGCCCACAAGGGACUCUCUGAACUCUUGGAGAUCGGACGCUUUACUCUCACCGGACCACCUGGAGCCCCUCCAAGUGUGACCAGAGUGACAGCAGUGCUGGCUCACUCCUCAGGGGAGCUGCUGCUGUUGGGGACAGAAGGAGGACACGUCUUCAUCGUUGAAGUCCCGGGCUUCAGAGAGCUGGAGGAGAGAAAUAUUAGUCUGGAUCAAGUUGCAAGCAGCGUACCAGACGACUACAUCGGCCGCAGGAAUCUGGAACACGUAGAGGCCUUACAGGAGAAUCCAGUCAACCCAAACCAGGUCAUUAUUGGCUACGGACGAGGUCUCAUGGUUAUCUGGGAUCUGGAGAAACAGUGUGCCCUCCAGCACAUCCCCGCCACACAGCAACUGGAGAGUGUGUGGUGGACAGAGGACGGAGCCUACAUUCUCAGCUCGCACAGUGAUGGAAGUUACUGUCGAUGGAUGGUGGGCGGAGAGGACGUGAACGAGGAGGAGGAGAAAUCAGACAUUCCUUACGGACAUUUCCCCUGCAAGGCGAUUUCUAAAAUAGUUCAGCUCCCGACAGAAGAAGGGCCUCCGUUCCUGCUGUUCAGUGGUGGAAUGCCCAGGGCCAGCUACGGCGACAGGCACUGCAUCACAGUGAUCCACAGUAAAACACACGUGGCUCUGGACUUCACCUCCAGGAUCAUCGACUUCUUCGCCAUCAGAGAUGGACCUCAGCACACAGGAGAUCCCAGUGCACUGGUGGUCCUGGUAGAGGAGGAGCUAGUCGUGAUCGACCUGCAGACAGAGGGCUGGCCCGUCAUCCAGACCCCGUACUUGGUUCCCCUCCACAGCUCGGCCAUCACCUGCUCCCACCACGUCUCCUCCAUCCCCCUCAAACUGUGGGAGAGGAUCAUCGCUGCCGGAGACCUGCAGAAGACACACUACUCCAAAAAGCCGUGGCCAAUAACAGGUGGCCAGAACCUGGCCCCAGACCCCCCACAGAGAGACCUGCUGCUCACAGGGCAUGAGGAUGGCACGGUGCGUUUCUGGGAUGCAUCAGGAGUCUGUCUGUAUCCCAUGUACAAGCUGAGCACAGCCGGAGUGUUCCACACGGACGCCGACCCCAACGACAACAUGAACCAAGGCACUGAUGGAGAGUGGCCACCGUUCAGAAAGGUCGGCUGUUUUGACCCGUACAGUGAUGACCCGAGGCUCGGCAUUCAGAAGAUCCACCUCUGUAAAUACAGCGGUUAUCUGACAGUGGCCGGCACUGCCGGACAGAUCCUGGUGCUAGAACUGAAUGACGAGGAGGCAGAGCAGACGGUGGAGGCUAAAGUUGUGGAUUUGCUGCAGGGCCAAGAGGGCUUCCGCUGGAAGGGCCACACUCGGCUGGACGUGCGAGAGGAGCCGGUGCUGUUUCCUCCCGGCUUCCAGCCUUUUUCUCUGGUCCAGUGCCAGCCUCCCGCCGUGGUCACCGCCCUCACCCUGCACUCCGAGUGGAAGCUAGUAGCUUUCGGCACCAGCCAUGGCUUCGGCCUCUAUGAUUACCAACAGAAGAACAACGUCCUCAUCAGGUGCACCCUGAACCCCAGUGACCAGCUAGCUAUGGAGGGUCCUCUGUCCAGGGUGAAGAGCAUCAAGAAGUCCCUCCGACAGUCCUUCAGGAGAAUCAGACGCAGCAGAGUCUCGCUAAGAAAACAUCACGUCAACAACGCCGCCAAGGUAAAUCUGAGUGAAUCACAGGAGACAGAGGGUGGACUGCUUAACACCACCCGCAAGAAACAAAAAGGUUUUUCCUGGACCCUCAUUAUUCAUCUGUUGGUGCAGCUCCAGGAGGCAAACGCUCGUCUGGAAGCCGAGCUGGCAGAGAUGGAGCUGGCUCCUGUGCAGAGGAAGAUCGAGGCGCGCUCCUCAGACGACUCGUUCACUGGCCUUGUACGGACGCUCUACUUCGCUGACACCUUCCUCUCAGACAGUUCACAUAACACACCCUCCCUGUGGGCAGGGACCAAUGGCGGCUGUGUGUUUGCCUACAUGCUCCGUCUUCCUCCUGUGGAGCACAGAGCGGAUGAACCAAUCACAGCACAGCAGGCUAAGGAGAUCCAGCUGAUGCACCGCGCUCCUGUUGUCGGCAUCGUGGUGCUGGACGGUCAUGGGGCUCCUCUUCCUGAACCCCUGGAGGUGGCCCACGACCUGGCCCGCUCACCUGACAUGCAGGGCUCGCAUCACCUCCUGGUCAUAUCUGAGGAACAGUUUAAGGUUUUCACGCUGCCAAAGGUGAGUGCGAAGAUGAAGCUGAAGCUGACCGCCACGGACGGCUCCAGAGUGCGGAGGGUGGGUGUGGCCUGGUUCGGCAGCAAUCGGUCAGAAGACUACGGCGAAAGCGGCCUGGUGGUUCUGACCAAUCAGGGCGACCUCCACGUGGUGUCGCUGCCGACGGUCAAGAUGCAGGUUCAGUACCCCUGCAUCCGCAGAGAGGAUGUCAGCGGCAUUGCUUCCUGCGUCUUCACUAAGCAUGGCCAGGGUUUCUACCUGAUCUCUCCAUCCGAGUUUGAACGCUUCUCUCUGUCCACUCGCUGCCUGGUGGAGCCUCGCUGUCUGGUGGAGGUUCCUCUCCAUUCAGGCUCCUCCAACCAGCACAGGUCACAGCCUGAUGGGGCUUCGUCUGCUCACAGAAGCAUCAGACUGGACAGCGAGGAUGCAGAAAGUGCAGCUAGACGUGUUAUGGAGCAUGCUUUGCUGAAUGACGAGACGGUACUUCAAGAGAUCCAGAAGUCACUAGAAGGAGAGACGUCAUUCCUGGAGAAUAAUGUGAAGAGUGCUGUAGCUUGACGGAUCUCUGCACAGUCGAGAGCGAACUGACAUGUCGACGUGUAUGAAGCGUACUGCAGUCCUGUAGCAGCACUCGCCUCCUGCUGCGGCUGACACAACCACUACUGACCCCUGACCGCUCACCUCACCGACUGACCUCCCCACUCUGAGCUCACGACGGGCCCCUCAGAGAGACACCAAAGGGCUCCUGGCAGUAGUGCGAGGCCGUUUUUUUUGAAGGCGGUGCAGACAGAGGGUGAAGGAAGACACCACCUGUGCCUAAAAGACCACACGCUGUACACCAAUCAUCCGAGCAUGGUCACACACACACACACACACACACACACACACACACACACACACACACACACACACACACGUUUAACCCAAAGCUGCAUGAAGCACAUUCCUGACAUGUGACCGCUGCCAUAACACCACGAUGAACGCCAGCAUCAAACCAGCAUCUCAAACCUGCCAUAGAUGCCACUCAUUGAAACGUGGAAUUAAUUAGCAACCAUCCCCUGUCCAUUCCCAAAGCCUUUUAUCACCACCAGCCUUCUCAUGUGGAGUCUGCCAGUGGAAACGGUUCGUCCAAUCAGCACGCUGUCCGCUGUGCAAUCUCGCUGUUCUUCAUCCCCGCACACAUGGACAUACAGCUGGAAGGAACACGGGGGAUGAUUUGAAUCAUGUUGAAUAAUGAAAAUAAUUUUGUAGUUUAAAUUUUUAUGUGAUUUGUGCCUAAAUUGUUUUUUAUUUGAAGAAGUCUCAGAUUUGUACUGUGGAAGCUCAUUUCUGCCAGCAAGAGAAAAGAAAUGUUAGGAAUGAUAAAAACCAACAAGUGAGUUCAAAUUGUGAUAUGAAAUCAAAAGAGGAACAAAGUCGUUUUAAUUUUUUGCAUGAAUGAGCUUCUAUACUAUCCAGAUGAACUAUCAAGGGAAUAUCUGUCCUGCACAAAAGAGAAAAAAAGUUGUUUUAAUGUUGUUGAACCACUUUUAACGUGUUUUUACUUUCCAUUAAUUUAGUGAAAUCGUUACAAAGUGUCCACUGCACUCGACCCUCCCGUCCACUCCGUAACUCAAUGACCGCCGUCGGUACUUCUCCACUACUGCGGAGCUCACAAUGCUGUAAUUUUUUGGGGGAACAGCUUUCUAUGGGGGUUUGGUUUUUAAUUAUUUUUAUGUAAACCAUUUUUUUCAUGCCAGCAAUGAAUAAUGUAAUUUAGGAAUGUAAUUGUAAGCUAUUGUAGUGAAAUGUUUUUAAUAUAUACAGUAUGUAUGUGACUCAGCCUGUACCUGUGGGCCUGUUCUGACUGGGUUGGCUGCUCUAAGUACAAGGAAAUAUUUUGGUACUGUUUCAAUGCUGGGUAUUUUAGUGUCAACCUAGAAUAUAUUUUUGUAGUGAUUAAGAACCCUAAUUUUUUUUUAUUGUAUCUACACACUACAUUUUACUUGUGGAUAACUAUUACAUGUUUUUCCCAAGAAUGAA